GCCUCGAACUACCAAUAUGGGCAAUGAUUCGAGAAUUGUCAUCACUAUUCCAUAUGUCAUCCGAUUAAUCACGUGACUGGUCCCCAUCGAGACACGGCUGCUGGCCCGUGAGUGGUGCUAGGCUGACAAGCUUCGUAGUCUUCAAGCGUGCGGAGCUCAACAACAACAUGCAAUGACCCGGGAUAUAUCCUAAUCAACAACAACUCAUCUCUGACAAUCAGUUGCACCUCGCACCCCACGACUAUCACGAUCGACACCCGGUCAUCGAUUAGCGACAACCUAGACUCAUCGCAGAUAACAUCGGAACCCGAGGGCAUCUAUCACAGCGGUAUCGACGUGUGUCCAGUUCUACUACUUUCCGCCACCAUCAAUUACCACCGCGUGCGUUGAUUGCAGCAUAAACAGGCUUAGCCGCAAAGAUGGGCGACGUUCUCGUGGAAAACUCUUCCAACUACACUCCCCCACACAAAAAAGCGGCCCCGUCCACGAUUCCUAGUAUCGAGAACUUUGAAGGGUUGCCGACUGAAGGCGGCGAUGAUUACGCUACUCUGAAGAAGCUCCAGAGGCAGCUUGAAUACAUCCAGCUUCAGGAGGAAUACAUCAAGGAUGAGCAGAGGAGUUUAAAGCGAGAGCUUGUGCGUGCGCAAGAGGAGAUCAAGAGGAUUCAGAGCGUUCCACUGGUCAUCGGCCAGUUUAUGGAGGCGAUUGAUCAAAACACCGGCAUUGUGCAGUCAAGCACAGGCUCCAACUAUGUCGUCCGGAUUCUCUCCACCCUCGACCGUGAGCUGCUCAAGCCAUCGUCAUCAGUAGCACUCCACCGCCACUCGAAUGCCCUCGUCGACAUCUUGCCUCCAGAGGCCGACUCUUCGAUUGCCAUGCUUGGCGCCGACGAAAAGCCCGAUGUGACGUAUGCCGACGUGGGAGGCCUCGACAUGCAGAAGCAGGAGAUUCGCGAGGCUGUCGAGCUCCCCCUCACACACUUUGAUCUGUACAAGCAGAUCGGUAUCGACCCGCCGCGCGGUGUGCUGCUGUACGGACCCCCCGGUACCGGAAAGACGAUGCUGGUCAAGGCGGUUGCCAAUAGCACCACGGCCAACUUCAUCCGCGUCGUCGGUUCUGAGUUUGUCCAAAAGUACUUGGGAGAGGGUCCCCGCAUGGUUCGUGACGUUUUCCGUAUGGCUCGUGAAAACGCCCCCGCCAUUAUCUUCAUCGACGAAAUCGACGCCAUCGCAACCAAGCGUUUCGACGCCCAAACAGGUGCCGAUCGUGAGGUUCAGCGUAUUCUGCUCGAGCUUCUGAACCAGAUGGACGGUUUCGACCAGACUGCCAACGUCAAGGUCAUUAUGGCAACCAACAGGGCCGACACUCUCGAUCCUGCCCUUCUCCGUCCCGGUCGAUUGGACCGUAAGAUUGAGUUCCCCUCUCUCCGCGACCGCCGUGAGAGACGUCUCAUCUUCGGCACUAUCGCCAGCAAGAUGAGCCUCGCGCCCGAGGUUGACCUUGACAGUCUCAUUGUUCGCAACGACCCGCUGUCCGGUGCCGUCAUCGCCGCCAUCAUGCAAGAAGCUGGUCUGCGCGCCGUGCGGAAGAACCGCUACAACAUCAUUCAGAGUGAUCUUGAGGAUGCCUAUUCCAGCCAGGUCAAGGGUACCAGUGAGGACAACAAGUUUGAUUUCUACAAAUAAGCGACGGACUUGCUUAGAUUAGUGGUCAGGGGGUGGAAGGAGGAAGCAUACGAUGGUCUCUUUGCGACCCUUGAGAGAAGCUCUUAUUCUCGCUGCAGAGGGGAUUCAUUCGCUCUUGCGAACCAGGAGCGCAUGGACACCGUUGAAUCAAUGGUCAGUGGAAGCAUGGAGGUCCGAGUCUGGUCCUAUCACCUGUAACGAUAAAGACAGAAAAGGCAACUUUUUUAUUAUUUACCAGCUAGAUGGGGUCGGUUGGGGUUCUGGGGUCGGUACAACGUUCAAUCGAACAAGGAUAACUUUGGUCAGUUUUCACGCAUAGAGUCCAACAAGAGCCGUCCUAGAC